AUGCUUGAGUCCUUUGCGAAUCUCCCAGCCACCCUCCCUUCCACUCUCCCAGCCACCCUCCCUUCCACUCUCCCUGCCACUCUCCCUGUCACUCUCCCUUCCUCUCUCCCUUCCACUCUCCCUUCCAAUCUCCCCUCCACUCUCCCUUCCACUCUCCCCUCCACUCUCCCUUCUAAUCUGCCUUCCACUCUCCCUUCCGCUCUCCCCUCCACUCUCCCUUACACUCUGCCUUCCACUCUCCCUUCUACUCUCCCUCAUGAUCUCCCCUCCACCCUCCCUCCCACUCUCUCUAAUACUCUGCUCUCCACUCUCGCUCCCACUUUCCCUCCAAUUUUCCCUCCCGCUCUCCCUCUCACUCUCCCUCAAUCCCCCCACCCAACCAUGUGUGCCUUAGAACCUCUAACAGCCAUCCGCCGUGACACGCAAAUGAAAUGGCAGAAUUCGCUGCCCUCUGCCUUGGACGCACAGCUGCCUGGAGGGGUGCAGGAGAAGGUGGGACCAAUGCUGCAGCAACAGCAGCAGCAGAUUGAUCCUCCCGGCUCUUCAAGCAAGCGGCAGCAGUGUGCUAUUCACACGCCAGAGCCAGCAGCAUCUCAGCCCUGGACCCUACACAUGCCACUCCUCACCUGCAACUCACCCGGUGCAGCAGCGCCGGGUUUGAGACAAGAAACACAGCAGAUCAGAGCCCACAGUAGCGUAUUGGUGCCUUCAAUGUGCAAGCCUCAUUCACCUCUGCUUGCAGCAUCCCCGGCAGCAGCAGGGCAUGGAGUGAGUGGUGCUUUGGCCCAGCAGUAA